UUUAUCGAUAUCUAAAUCUCUCUAAAUCUUAGUCGCGUCGCGUAGUUUACCAUUACAUCAGUGAACCGAUAUUAUACGCGAUUUCAACGACGGCGGCAAGGACGAAGACGAGACUAGGACAAUGUGACUGACGAUGCGCCAUCAUGACAUCCACCAAUUCAGAUACCGAGCUUCUGACAGAGCACUUCGGAUAUCCCCCUGUUAGUCUUAUCGACGACAUUAUAAAUAGUAUAAACAUCCUCGCCGAACGCGCCCUCAAUAGUGUCGAGCAAGGGCUUCUCAACGCACCUCCCGCGAGCAUCGGCUUUAAACCACCUAAACCCUCUCGAGGGAACACAGAACAACAGCCACAAUUAGAUCCAGCCGAAGCAGCUAAAGCUGAGAUCGAAAAUGGAACACACCAGCUGGAGACGCUGCUGUGCGCCAGCAUCGACCGCAAUUUUGACAAAUUCGAGAUCUACGUCCUGCGAAAUAUACUAUGUGUGAGACCGCCCGACGUGCGCGAUUGGAUGCGCCUCUCGCAUUACGACGGCUUGGAUUUUUCGUCGAUUGACUCGCCGAACGCCCCCAGCCUCGACGGCAUAAACCACCUCCGCCGCAAACUCCGCGAAAGCAUGCGUCUCAACGCCCUCCUCGCCGCCGAGCGCGCCCGCAACGAAAAAGCGCUCGCAGAGCUGCGCUCACUAAUCGGAGGCAGCGACCCUCAAAUCAAGACCGAAAAAACCAGCACCACCAACUCUUCCUCAUCCCCCAACCCCGCCCAAAACCAAAAUACCAAAAGUCCCUUCGCAUUUCUCCACGACAAGGGUACACUUACAGAAGGCGGUUCCGAAGCACCUCUCAGCACCACAACCGCGUUCACUUUAUCCCAACUCCAAGCCCUACGCGCACUUUCGACUUCCCUUAGGAAUCUCACGCCGGAUCUUGUGCCCCCGCCGCAGGUGGAUGAUUCUGCUAUGGAGAUUGAUAGUGAGAGUGCUGAGAAGAAUAGGAAGAGUUGGAGACGGGAACGAUUAGAAUAUGUUGAAGGCGCUACACGGCGCUACCUUGAGACAGUCGAGGGACUGGAGUUGGGACGGGAUGGCGAGGUGCGCGAUGGUGAGUGGCAAGGCGAAGGGCGGAACUUGGGGCGGGAUGAAGUUGGUGGGUUGGAGAAUGUGGUUGUCACGGUACUCGGGGGAGCGCCUAGUGGAGGAGGGGAUUCGCAGGGUAGUACAAGUACUGCCGCGACUCCCGGUACAGCUAAAAAAAGAGCGGGAAAGGCUAGGGCGGCGAGAGAUGAUGAUCGAAUGGACGAGUCAUGAUAGCAAUGUCUGUUAUGUGUAGGUACACAUUAGGUCCGAUUGCUGAUAAGGUAAGGAGUAUGGAGUUCUCAUGGACGAUCGUCGGAUUAUACAGUCUGAUUGAAAAUUGAUUAGAUUGG